CAGGCAGCUGAAGGGGAAAGAGAAAGAGAGAGAGAGAGAUUCAUUCAGAGACUGCAGGGAGCUGCUGCUACUGCCGCUGUCAUCACAACAGAACCUUCUAAAACCGUUCGGCUGAAACAAACCAGCAGCACUCCUGCCCAGCCCAGCCCAACCAGCGUUGGUAGCAUACCCCGAUUAAAGCAAACAUACUAACUGUAGCAUGUGAACGCGCAUGUAGGUUGAUGCACGCGUAUGUAUGCGCGCAGAAGGUCGUGCUGCAGUGGUGCCAUGUCGUCUUUUGGGAAGCUUACAGAGUACUUCAGCCUAAGAAAGUCAAGGAAUGAAUUCCGAUCAGAACGGCGGAGUAGCAGACGAAGUGGCAGCUACUGCUGUAGUAUCACUGAAUGCAGAUCACUGGACAGAAAGCCUCAGAGACCUAUGUUAGGAAAGUCUCGAACUCUUCCAAGCAUCCCACAGUCCCCUGUCAUAAGCCGGGUUCCUGUUCUUGAUUCGAAAUUUUAUACUGAAGAUAUGCCAGAACAAAAGCAGUACAGGAAUCACAGUGCUCCUGAUUGUCAAAAAGGGUGUACGGUGCCCUCUACUGGAGAGGCGUGGCAGCUGGAAGACGACUGCAACAACCCUGUCGGAGAUUCUUCCCUUCAGCCCAGGCUCUGCACCACGAUGGACGAGGCACCAUUUAGAUCCUUCCGAACCCGGUCCUUCUACAUGAGGAAAAGUCUUUCUGUCGACAACCACCUAAGCUCCCUCAACUACUCUAUCCAUCCUUCUGAAACCAAGACCGAGCGUGUCAAAACAAAACUUCGGAGACAGUUUAGCCUUGGAUCAGCAGACAAGAAGGACUUGUACCCAUCAAAGUCUGAGAGCAGCCUCUCUAAGUUCACAUACCGGUUAUCAGUUAAGCAGAAGCAGGAGAAGAGGAGGAAAGCUGAGUAUGGCUCGGCUGAGCUGCCCGCCUACCGUCCCAGGUCUCUGAGCAUUGAAUGGUCUUCCUCACCUAAAAUGACACAGCAAAUGAGAGACUUACAGCUCACUCAGUCUAGGAAGCAGCCAGGACCCUCCUCUCCAAAUGCCGCCAAGAGGCUGUACCGAAAUCUGUCUGGGAAAUUCCGUGUUAACUACAUGUCCUUUGACGAAGGGAGCGUCACGGGGAGGAGUGAGAAGGAGAAGCUACGCAAGUCUUACCUGUUCCAAGGCAAUGCCACGCUCUUUGAGGCUGUUGAGCUGCAGGACCUUGAUAAGGUGCAGGACUUGCUCAAGCAGUACAGCCCGGAGGAGCUGGACCUGAACACCCCGAACAGCGAGGGGCUCCUGCCCCUGGACAUCGCCAUCAUGACCAACAACGCCCCCAUCGCCAAGACCCUGCUGCUGGCUGGGGCCAAGGAGAGUCCACACUUUGUGAGUCUGGAGAGCCGGGCAUUGCACCUGUCGACACUGGUCCGGGAAGCUGAGCAGCGGGUCAACGAUCUCACGGCUCAGGUGGUGAAUGAGGUGCCCAACAUGGACUGUUCAGAGAAGGAGAAGCAACUGAAGUCCUGGGAAUGGCGCUAUCGGCUUUACAAACGCAUGAGUGCUGGCUUUGAGCAUGCUCGGGUUCCAGACCCACCCACGAAUGUCCACCUGUCAGUGGCCAGCAGCACUUCUGUGGACGUGGUCUUCCAGGAGCCUCUGAGUGUCAACUCAGCUGUGGUCACCAAAUACAAAGUCGAGUGGAGCUGCUCCCCCACCUUCUCCCCGCCGCUGGGCGAGGUGGUGAUCGACAAGCUGAAAAACCUCCACGUCACCAUCCGUGGCCUCGUCUCGGGUACUGCUUACUAUGUCCAAGUGUUUGCCUACAAUAUGAAGGGCUGGGGACCUCCUCAAACUUCGAUACCACCCUUUGCUGUUCCCUCAAACUGGAGAGAAUACGAUGGGCGAGCCCCACGGCGAAGGGGGCAAGCGGAAGCAUUAGACCACCUCCUCACCCAGGUGAAGACUGUGCACCAGCACUGCGUGUGUCAUGAGUCCUGCAAGAAUCAGCCGCAGAGCAGGAAACACUCAGUUUCCAAGAGCCUAAAGUAUCUCUUUCAUCCUGGGAGCAAAUUCUUAAAGACGUUGAAAAGGGGUCUCUAUCUGGCAUCCAUAUUCUAUAAAGAAGACAACAUUCUGGUGACUCACGAGGAUCAGAUCCCUGUGGUGGAGAUAGACGACACCUACUCCUGUCUUCUCAUGCAGGAUUUCCUCUGGUUCACCAAGGUGUCUUGCAUGUGGGAUGAAAUCCUCUGGCUGCGUCAGUGUGUCACCGUCUCCCAGUCAUCCUGCUCCUGCAUUCUGCAAACACGCUUCAAGAUGCUGCUGGCCAUCUCACAGAUGCAGGGUCUGCUGGGCAUCCAGAACCUGGGGCAGGUCUUUUUUGAGCCCAUCAAAGACAAGCAGGGCAACAUUUUGGUCGCGACCCUGAAGGAGGUGAAGACCAACCAGACCUUCGAGAGCGUCCGCUGGGUUCCCCUCUCCAAGCUGCAGACAAGCCGCAAAUCCGUCUCCUCUCCCGAAGAGCCCACCGCUCUGGACAUGCUGCUGAUGACCAUGAAGGACAAGCUGACUUACCACCAGAAAAGUAGCCAAGCUCUCCCCCCUGGUCUCUACUUGGGUUACCUGAAACUCUGCAGUGCCGUUGACCAGAUCCGAGUGCUGGUGCCUGAACGGUUGCCUAACAUCCUGUGCCACGUGAAGAUACGGAACAACCCAAACAUCUCCAGGGAGGAGUGGGAGUGGCUGCAGAACCUGGCUGGUAUGGAGGAGCCCAUUCCCCCAGAGCAAGAUCUUGAGACCACCCCCCAGAAUCUCUUGCUCCAGGAGCUCCAAGGGGCAGUCAAAGAGCUGAUGCAGCUGGUAAACAUCCCAUUGCAUGAGGCCAAGGAUUUUCGUCUGUACAGUCAGGAAGUCCUGGACUUUGGAGGACAAGUCUCCUUUCUCUUGCUGUUGCCUCCCUCAGACGACGUGUGCACUGCUCCUGGUCAGAACAACCCUUAUACUCCUCGGUCUGGCUUUUUCACACUCCCUCUUCAGAUCUUUGAGCUAGUUCAUUUUUUCACUUACGACCACGAGUUCAUUACCCAGUAUUGCCAAGUGUCUGCCCUCCUGGAGCUGGAGUCCCUUCUCUCCCAGCAGAGCCUCAGGGAGGCCUUCUCCGACUCCGAGCUGACAGCCGCCAAGCAGAGGCAUCAGCAAGUGCAGGACUACAUGCAGCAAAUGGAGGAGAUCUGGCGGGAAAUGCGUUGGAUAAUGGACGCCCUGCAGCACGCCCGGUACAAACAGCCGUCUUGCGGCAUCCCUCUCAUGUGUUUCCUUGAGGAAUCCAGCAUGGCCCUGAAGGAGAAAACUCAGUCGACCUCUUCUCACUUGGACUUCCUUCCCUCACCCACCCCAUCUCCUGAGACGAGUCGCAAGCUCAACUCGGAUUCACACGGGAUAUCGGAUGAAGAGGGCUCAUCAGAGGUAUUUUUGGCGACGGACAGCGACUACGACUCCAGCAGGGCUCAAAGCCCCAGAGAGCUGGACCUUGUUUACUCCACUUCAGGGCCUGAAUGCUGCAGCAGAAGGAAUCCCCGCCCGCUGAGGGACAGUGCCCCCGAUGUCCUGCAGAGUCAUGAUCUGAAGGCAACCCCAAUCCUCACGGAGGAACCCCGGCCUCCCCCAGAGCUUUACGACAGCGACUUUGUGCUCCCCAGCCGGCAAAUUGAACUGUUGCGCAUCACAGAGAAGCGGCAAGCGUAUUGCGUCCGCACCAGCAGCCUGGAUUUCCCGAAGCCCCUUUGCCACGGGGCCAGGAAAUCCUGCCCUGGUUCGGUCGACAGCUCCCCGACAGAAAGCAGGACUGCGGGCCGAUGCAGCCCUGUCAGGUUCGGGACAAGCUCGGCCUUCAGCCCCAAGCACGGCUGGCCCUCGGAGAGCUCCGAGCCUGUCUUUCGGACACGCUCAGUUGAGUGGACUCGUACCUUCCAAGAGGUGCCUGAGCCAGGGCAUGUAGCAAACGGGGCCAAGUUGCCAGGAUCCACAGCAUUACGCGUCUGCCCGCAGUACGAAACGGGACUCUCCAAAGAGACAAACAUUAAGCUGUACGUCACCAACAAAAUGAUGGCAGAAGAGGUGGUGAAGCUUGCGGUGGAAGAGAUGAAUGAGGUCUCACGCAGCGUCCUGGGAGACACCAAUGCUUUCUGCUACAGCGAAGAGCAGCUGGGCCACUUUGGACUUGUGUUCGUGUCAGAAGACGUUGAGCAGUGGCUCCCCAAUGACUUCCUUCCUCUCUCCCUCCAAAAGGCUUGGCCCGAUGGGAGGUUCUAUGUUCGGAUCAAAGAGACUUCUCCUCUCUUGUUUCAGUAUGGGCCAGCAACAACUGUAUGAGAGGAGGGGAGGGGGGGGGAUGCGGGGAGAGAAAAUAAGAAACAUCUAACUUCCAGUGAGCGGACAGCUCAUCACCAAUGCUUCCUUCUUGAAAAGACAGUUUUGCGCCAGAUACCAUGGGCCAAAUAGGAGCAUAUUGGGCAGUGUGUUGUUUUUUGUGUGUAUGUGUGUGUAUGGGUUUGUUUUAACCAAAGAGACAACAAGACGUGGAUGUUACGACUGCUAGAAGUGAGGGUGGAGUACAGGAGCCUUGGAAUGGAUCUUUUAAUAAAGACUUUUAGAAAGGAGAAGAGCUGGUGGGGAUUAAAGAAGCAAUACAUAAUUAUAUUUUCCAUUCUGAAAAGCAGAGAGAGGGAAUGCAUUGCUGAAGGAAAAGCGACUAAGAUUUUGGCCAUAGUGGGCCCAGAAGUUUGGGGCAGCUGGAGAAGGAGGGUGAGCUCACAAAAAAAAAAAAUCCAUGUCCUGUUAUCUGUUCUUGUUUCGCUGUAACUGGAGAAAUGGGAAAUUGCACAUGAUUCUUUGAACAUACCAUUUUUCU